AUGAAAUUACAAUUUAAUGACUUAAGUACUGUUGAUAAUUUUAAUGAGAAAAAGGAGCUUGCUAUUUAUAUCCACAUAAAAGAUAGCAACAGUAUCUAUGAUGGAAUUAUUCAGGGUGAAAAGUCAACACUAUUCUGUAAAGAAAAUGGUAUGAAAUUACAAGUGAUUGAAUCAAAGGGAAAGAUAAUGAAAGGAUUUAUUAAUGUAUUUAAAUAUGAUGUUAGUGAUGACAGAGAUAUAAUCUUUAAAUUUAAUGAAGCGUUUGGAGUUGCUAAAACUAAAGGAACAAAUGAAUUACAUCUUCAUUUUGAAAAGAGUAGUGAUUGUUAUGAGGGUUAUGCAACAUUCCCAAAACUUGAAGACCAAAAUACAAUUGAAAGAAUUACAGCAUAUAAUUUAGACUUUUUUAUUUACUUUUCAUUUAAUAAUAAAAAAAUUACAUAUAUAAGACAAAAAAAGUCAUGUACACAACAAAAGUAA